UGUUUCCUUCAGAGCACAAUAUUCUUCACACGACAAGUUACAAUUUACAUUAGGAUAGAGAUGUUUUUCAUGGAAUCUUUACGAAUAAGGGAAGUUCAUUGACGAUAUCAAGACCUGUCCAAAAUAGCAGUAGAUCAGGACUGCACUUUUAUUAGGACCAAUAACUGAGCAUGAUUCCUUUUGACGGACUGAAAACCCAAUUGGGUCCAUUAAGAGGGUUUGCUGAUCUUUCCAUGGGGAGCUCGUGGAGCAAUUGGGUUAAGCUUCCUUGUGGCAACCAACAUAGAACUAGGCAAGUUACUCCGAAGACAUUGAGACAUGAUGAAGGAAACUGGGUCCAGAUGUAUUAGAGUCAAGUAAUCCUUUGUUCUGUACUCGCAAAUUUUCUCCAUACCGUUCCUUGGCUUUGUAGAUCCUGUUCAAGAUCAAACAUCUCUUAGAUGCUCUAUGAUUUGAAGAGUUCAUGCGGGGAUAUAGGUCACGUGGACGUGGUAACCGGCACUUAGGAUUCGGCCAAUGUAGGCUUUGAUAUCUCACUGGGCUGAAUUGGCGUGACGUCGAAUGAAUUGACAUCGUCCGUGAGGUACUAACACACGCAUCGUCCAAAUGUACCCACAAGACCAGUACCUGAGAUAAUCAACGCGGUCCUGCGGUCAAGAGACCUGUUAGGGUCUUUCAGCAACAAGUUUUCAGAGAGUGAUUAUAAAAACUAGGGACAACAUGUGUUCGGGCAUGUGCACGCAUUUUCACCCAUCCACUCGCAAGAACGAAGAAUACAUGAAGCAUCUGAAGGAGCAUCAAUAUCUUCACACCUUCAAACGUGAUGGUAUAGUUGCGGUUGUACGAUCUCCUCACGCUCACCCUAUCGAAUCAGUGCAUGUGAGGAUCACUGGCAAAGUGCAAAACGUGCGCUACCUGACGUGGGCAACGGAGCACGCGAAGCUGAUGAGCAUAGAUGGGUGGAUCCGCAACGUGAAAGAUGGAUCCCUGGAAGCUGUGUUCUCUGGAAAGUCUGUAUCAGUGGACAAGAUGCUUGAUAUUUGCAAAACUGGGCCGAGCUACGCCCAAGUGAAACAGAUUGAAGCCGAAGCAUGUGAUCCGCCAAGAGGGACAGGAUUCCACAUCCUGUCUACCCACGACCCAAUGAAAUCGCCAGCUUACAACAAGGAGGAAAUAAAAGGAACAAAAUUAGUGACAAGGAGAGAGAGCUCAAAAUUCAAGCUACCUGCUAAAAACAUUCUUAAUGAUCAUUAAAUUAUUAUUAUUAUUGUUAUUAUUAAUAUUAUUUAUUAUUAUUUAUUAUUUGAACAUUAUGAUAAACGUAUAUGUAAAGAAAGCAAAGAUUUAAGCAUUUGGAGUUUUGAUGUUUUUCAACAAGCCAACUCUUUUAGUUUUACAAAAUAUAUCAGAAAAGAGAAAAAUAUAACUAUGUAUAUGUAUAUAUAUAUAUAUAUAUAUAUUCAAUGAUCAAGAAUAAGAAGUAAAAUUUGAAUGUGCU